AACUACCAAACUAAUUUGUAAGAGUAGAGCAUUAUGUCUGUAUUACUGGUAGCAUCUUUUGAACGCUGUUCCGUCAACUCAAACUGCGAAGUCAAAUGCGUGACCGGAAGUGAAAAUAUGGGCCUCGCGAAAACCCCGUAUAGAGCCGUGAUGGUACUUCCUGUAUUCCGGCUCGGAAACAGAUCCUCAAACCCUGAAAUGUGUUCAAGUUUUGACGCCAGAAAUUCCGUUUUCACGAAGUGAUCUUCACGAGGUCUUCAGACUUGUCUGGAAGAAGAGCUUAACUCCAGAUAACUCAUCAAGAGAUCCUCAUGAGGUUUUAAAACUUGGCUGGAAUACGGUGAAGUCUUAUAAUAUGGCCGGUCGUGAGGGUCGCUCCCAUGUGCAAAAUCUCAGACUUCCCCUACGUUUGUCAUGGACAACUUGGCUUCUGUUUCUGUUCCUGACGGGUUUCUCGUUUGUGAGUAACGCCCAGGACGAUACAGGGUGGGACCCGGCUGGCUACCCGGACCCUAUCCGAGCCCCUGAGCUGUGUGGGAGGCACAACUGGUCAGCAUCCUUUGUUUGUGACCCGGACGGGAUUCUCACAACAGAUGAAGCUAAUAGUCUGGAUGUAGAACUCAUGACUACUGUAACGGAUACGCCCUGCCCCUGUGAGGAGUGUCCCGGGAAGAACGACGGUUACAACAUCGCCGUGGCGCUCAUGAAGAGGAUGAGCGACCCUGGAGGUUCAACACCAAGAGUGAGGGCUCAGGGCUUCGCCAUGUACCUGCGAUCCGUCGCAUGGGAUUAUGGGAGAUGUAACGAGGGCGUGGUCAUCUUGGUCUCCACGGAAGACCGACAGAUCUACACGGCUACGGGGGCUACCGCUCGCGAAAAGCUCACCGACGACAUCGUGGACGACAUCUACGGGGACACUCGGGAGUACUUUACCGCUGGAAUGUGGGCAGAAGGACUAAAGGAGAUGGCGACAAGAUACAAGAAGGUCUUCGCAGGGGGCAGCUCUUCGACUACAGCCGCAGUUGUAGGCACAGUGUUUGGAGUUGUAGGAAUAUGUGGGAUUGGUGUGUUCUGUAUCAUAUGUAAGAAUGGAUGUCAUUGUAGAGGAGGCGGAAGUUCUAGUUUUCACGAACAUUGGAAUCGCACGAACUACUGGUCCAGUAGUGGUGGUGGUGAUUAUGGUGGUGGGGGUGGCGGAGGUGGCGGGGAUGGUGGGGGUGGAGGAGGGGUUAUAGGGGGGGACUACCAAAAAUAA